GAAGCUGACGGGCAGCAGCUUUAACCAAUUGCAGUCUGGUUCGUUAGUCUCAUUUGCCAACGAAGUGGGCGGGCUAAAAAAAAUCUGUAGCAGGGUUGGGUGCGCGGUGGCAGUAUUGCCGCAGCUACUCGUGGAAAAGCUGGUUAGAGAGCGGAAGGAGAGACAAGCAAUCCAAAGAUGCAGACGUUAACAGCCAGUGAGAUCCGCCAACGGUUCAUCAACUUCUUUGUGGAGAACCAGCACGCCUAUGUGCACUCUUCAGCCACCAUUCCCCUGGAUGACCCUACUCUACUCUUUGCCAAUGCUGGCAUGAAUCAGUUCAAGCCCAUCUUCCUCAACACUAUUGACCCCUCUCACCCCAUGGCAAAGCUGACAAGAGCUGCCAACACUCAGAAGUGUAUCCGGGCUGGCGGGAAGCACAACGACUUGGACGAUGUUGGCAAGGAUGUCUAUCAUCACACUUUCUUCGAAAUGUUGGGUUCCUGGUCUUUUGGAGAUUAUUUCAAGGAAUUGGCUUGUAAAUUUGCCUUGGACCUGCUCACCAAAGAGUUUGGCAUACCCAUUGAGAGGCUGUACGUCACAUACUUCGGCGGCAAUAAGGCCGCAGGUCUGCAGCCAGACUUGGAUUGCAAACAAAUCUGGCUGGAUCUAGGUUUGAAAGAGGGUAAAAUUCUCCCAGGCAGCAUGAAGGAUAAUUUCUGGGAAAUGGGAGACACGGGUCCAUGUGGACCUUGCAGUGAAAUGCACUAUGAUCGGAUUGGAGACCGGGACGCUUCACACCUUGUCAAUCAAGAUGAUCCCAACGUGCUGGAGAUCUGGAAUCUAGUUUUCAUACAGUUCAACAGAGAGGCUGAUGGGACCUUGAAACCUCUUCCCAAGAAAAGCAUUGACACAGGCAUGGGCUUAGAGAGGCUGGUGUCCGUGUUGCAGAGCAAGAUGUCUAACUAUGAUACAGACCUCUUUGUGCCCUACUUUGAGGCUAUCCAAAAGGGAACUGGCUGCAGGCCCUAUACAGGGCAGGUUGGUGAGGAUGAUGUAGACGGCAUAGACAUGGCCUUUCGAGUCCUGGCUGACCACGCCCGAACCAUCACUGUGGCCCUUUCAGACGGCGGAAGGCCCGAUAACACCGGCAGGGGGUAUGUUCUGAGGCGCAUCCUUCGACGUGCUGUGCGCUAUGCCCAUGAGAAACUCAAUGCUCCCAAGGGGUUCUUCGCCACACUGGUUGAUGUGGUGGUACAAUCUCUGGGUGGUGCCUUCCCUGAACUGAAGAAAGACCCUGAGAUGGUGAAAGACAUCAUCAAUGAAGAGGAGACUCAGUUCCUCAAGACGCUCAGUAGAGGGCGCCGCAUCCUCGACAGGAAGAUUCAGAGCUUGGGAGAUGGCAAAAUUAUUCCUGGGAACACUGCCUGGCUGCUAUAUGACACCUACGGCUUCCCUGUGGACCUCACCGGACUCAUUGCAGAAGAGAAGGGCCUGACGGUUGACAUGGAGGGCUUUGAGGAGGAGAGGAAGACUGCGCAGCUGAAGUCUCAGGGCAAGGGAGGUGGCGAUGAAGAUCUCAUCAUGCUAGACAUCUAUGCUAUUGAAGAACUCCGGUCCAGGGGCUUGGAGGCCACAGAUGACUCUCUGAAAUAUAAUUACACAUCGGAUCCCAGUGGCACUUACGAGUUCAGCAGUCCUGUGGCCACAGUGAAAGCCCUCCGCCGGGAGAAGACAUUUGUGGAGGAAGUGUCUACAGGCCAAGAAUGUGGGGUCAUACUGGACUGCACCUGCUUCUAUGCUGAGCAGGGAGGGCAGACCUAUGACGAGGGCUACCUUGUGAAAGAGGAUGAAGGCAGUGAGGAUAAGACAGAGUUUACAGUGAAAAAUGUACAGGUGCGAGGAGGUUACUUGCUUCAUGUGGGCACAGUCUAUGGGAGCCUGAAAGUGGGAGACGUGGUACGGCUGUACAUUGACGAGCCAAGGCGAAGGCCCAUCAUGAGCAACCACACAGCCACUCACAUCCUCAACUUCGCCUUGCGUGCUGUGCUGGGGGAGGCCGACCAGCGGGGGUCCUUGGUUGCUCCAGACAGGCUGCGGUUUGAUUUCACUGCCAAGGGAGCCAUGUCUACGCAGGAAAUCAAGAAGGCAGAAGAAAUUGCUAAUCACAUGAUUCAGGAGGCCAAGGUGGUGUAUGCCAAAGACUGUCCCCUGGCAGCUGCCAAAGCCAUCCAAGGUUUGCGCGCCGUGUUUGACGAGACGUACCCUGACCCUGUGCGUGUUGUCUCGAUUGGCAUACCCAUCGAGGACAUGCUGGCUGAUCCCUCCAGUGGCGCAGGUGCCAUCACGUCUGUGGAGUUCUGUGGAGGAACGCAUUUGCAGAACUCCGCCCAUGCUGGUCACUUUGUAAUUGUGUCGGAGGAAGCUAUUGCGAAGGGCAUCCGGAGGAUCGUGGCAGUCACGGGAGCAGAAGCACAGAAGGCCCUAAGGAAAGUGGACAUCCUUAAAAAGCUGCUGUCUGACUUGGAAGACAAGGUGAAGAUCCAGACCGCUCCCAACAAAGAAGUCCAGCAUGAGAUCGCAGACCUCGGCGAGACACUGGCCACCGCCGUCAUUCCCCAGUGGCAGAAAGAUGAACUUCGAGAGGCCCUCAAAGCACUGAAGAAGGUUAUGGAUGACCUUGAUCGUGCCAACAAAGCAGACAUCCAGAAACGAGUUCUGGACAAGACGAAACAACUCAUCGAGGCUCACCCCAACCAGCCACUGGUCAUUUUGGAAAUGGAGAGUGGCGCAUCUGCAAAGGCACUUAAUGAAUCCCUGAAGCUCUUGAAGACUCAUUCCCCCAAGACAGCAGCCAUGCUGUUCACAGUGGAUAAUGAAGCUGGCAAGAUCACCUGCUUAUGCCAGGUCCCUCAGGAGGUCGUUGGCAAAGGGCUAAAGGCUAGCGAAUGGGUGCAACAGGUGUCAGGGCUGAUGGAUGGUAAGGGGGGUGGAAAAGACCUCUCUGCCCAGGCCACAGGCAGAAACACUGAUUGCCUUGAAGAAGCUCUGAAGCUGGCUACAGACUUUGCUAAGCUCAAGCUGGGUGAGCUGAAGAACUGAUCCCUCCAGUCUGGGAGCAAAUUCGAGGGAAUUGUCUGCUCGGCCAAUAGGUUAGGCGUUGUACUUUAGCGACAUGUCUGUGGAGACAAAGACUGCACAUGGUUGUCCUUCUAAAUUCAUCCACUCAGACACUAACCAAGCAAGGUGUGUAAGGCAAUAACCUGAACCCAGGACAUAAGAGCCCAGGACUGCACAAGCUCUCAUCUAGUGUCGUCAUAAAAACAACCUCCUCAGAACGCCCGCUGCCAAUUAAUUGACCUCCUUUUUUGCACACAAACAUUUUGUCACACGCAUGCUCCCUAAUAUUCUAAUACUGAAAUGUGCAGUGGUGCUCCAGUUGUACAGUUUGAAGGAGAGCUCUGCACAUGCACCUCCCUCCAUGCUCAAGCACUUGAAGCACUUGUUGUAAUGUGAUCCUGUGCUGGGGGUGAGCAUCAAGGCUGCUAUCAUCUCUUUCUUUGUAACUGGGGAAGCCCUUGCUUCAAUUCAUAGUGUUAACCUCUGUUGCAGCAAAGUCAAAUGCGGUAGCAUGAGGUGUACUGAUCACCAUAGGUUCAGUGCUGAAUAAAUGAACAGAUGUGUGUUUAAGUCAA